CAUCAGUCAUCUACCAGCAAUCGUCUGAUAAGCUCCGCCUCGAGUCCUCUGGAAUUGCAACUUCCAAACGCCAAAUCGUCCAAACGCCUCCAACGCCACCAUGAAGACCUUCGUCGCCAUUGCCGUUGUUGCCCUGAUCGCUGGCACUUUCGCCCUCACGAUUGACCAGAAAAAGAAGGCCGAAGGAUACGCGGCCGAGUGCGUCAAGACGACCGGUGUCCCGCCGGAGACGGCGGCCAAGCUGAAGGGGGGCGAUUUUGCCGGCGCUGACGAUAAGACCAAGUGCUUCGCCAAGUGCUUCCUCGAGAAGGCCGGCUUCAUGACGGACAAGGGCGAAAUUGAUGAGAAGACGGUCAUCGAGAAGCUGUCGGUUGACCACGACCGGGCAAAGGUGGAGGGACUGGUGAAGAAGUGCAACCACAAGGAGGCCAACCCGUGCGAGACGGCCUUCAAGGCGUACCAGUGCAUCUACGCCGCUAAAGGUAUAAAACGAUGCGAGACACGCGUUCUCGAACGCUACUCCCGCAACAGGUGUGAUAGAAUGAAGUUCUUAGUGUUUGCCAUUGUGUUAAGUGCGAUCUGCUUGGAUGCACUCGUCGAUGGAGCAGCAGCACCUCCACCGGAUCUGGAAGAUGUGAGCAAAAUUGCCAACGGCGAAGCAUUUGCGCUGGAAUGCUUGAUCGAGAGUGGACUCAAGCUGGACUCGCUGGCUGCCCUCUCGGCAAAGGAGCUGGACACGAAUGGCAGCAAGAUUAAGUGCUUGGUGAAAUGUUUCUUUGAGAAAACGGGCUUCAUGAACAAGGACGGCCAGCUGCAGGAGGAAACCAUCACCGAGCAGCUGUCCAAGUUUAUGCCCCGCGAGCGCAUUGAAUCGCUCGUCAAAAACUGCAACUUCCAGGAGGCGGACGCUUGCGAGACGGCAUACAAAGUGACCGAGUGCUACUUCCAGAACAAAGCCGGGCUGUUUUAAGUUCGUGCGUGCCCACCUACCAACCUACCGGAAGCUGAUGUGAUAGCGGCCACGUGUGGCUCCAGCAAGUGCAACAUAUGAGUGUGAUCUGUUCAAUAAAUUCCCGCCACCAGCUGUCAGAACGGCCAGUGCGUUGUGUGGAAUUGCAAGUGUUUACGUGUUUGAA